AUGUCUUGGCAAGGCUACGUGGAUUCAAUAAUGGCCGAUGGCGGUAAUUGCAAGGACGCGGCCGUUGUUGGGUAUACGGAGAACAAAUAUGUCUGGGCAUCAGUCAGCGGUGGCGAGUUAUCCAAAAUCACGGCUGACCAAAUUGACUCAUUGGUGUCUCAGGAUCGUUCAAGUUUUUUUAUCACUGGGCUGGGCUUGGGCUCUUACCAAUGCUCCGUACUCAGAGAUGCAUUGUGUGUCGACGGUGACGGGACAAUGGACCUCCGGACAAAGAAUAAAGACGGCGGUUGCACAUACAGCGUGGCCGUAGCUAAAUCGAGCAAAGCAUUGGUUUUUGCCAUGGGAAAGGAAGGCGUUGCCGGAGGUACCCUUAACGUAAUAGUUUACAAAAUUGCCGAUUACCUGAGGAAACAAGGAUACUAA